AUGGAUUUCGCCGCGUUGAUGUCCAAGGAGAUCUCCAAGGCCAAGGGUAGCGAUGCUUCCAAGCCAUCGAAAGAUUCCGGAAAACCCUCCCCCGCAGCGCCAACAAAGAAAUAUCUGCGACGAGGCGAUGUCGAAACUGCCCGUAUUGAAGCUUACAACAAAGAACAAGAGCGGAUUGCACGCGAACGUGAAGAGCGCAUAGCGAAUAAGCGCAAGCUAGAAGACGAAGAGGCGGAUCGAAACCGAGAACGCGAGGAGAAGAAGCGAAGACUAGCCGAGGAAUCUAAAAGGAGGAGAGAAGAAGAAGAAAGAGCUAAAGAACGUGAACGGCGGCGAAGGCUCGGUCUCCCUGAGUUGCCUGAGAACCCCACAGUCGACGGUGACACGGAGGAAGAUAUUGAAGAGGAGGAGCUUAUUGCAAAACUGCGAGAGAUGAAUGCGCCGAUACAAUUGUUCGGAGAGGACUAUCGAGCCCGUCUUCGACGGUACCGUCGUCUGGUUCAACGGGCUGCUAUUCCCAAGAAGAAGGUGACCGACGGACCUAUCCCCACCACCUUGGAGCCCGUGCCUGGUGGACAGAUGAUCAUCCCAGCCAAGAUCCCGAAAGAUCAAGAGAGCCGUCUGUUCCUUUUCCGGCAGUUGGGAUCUUACUUCAACAUGGUUUUGUCGGAAUGGGAACUGGCACUAGCAAAGCGUGACAUCUCCGUCCGUGAAAGUUUCCAGGGAAAACAAGCAUAUAACGCGAUGAUCCAAUCACGCGAAAACAUGACACCGUUGUUCCGACUCUUCGAGAAGGCCGAGCUGGAGGAUGGGUUGUUGGAACCGAUCGUGGAGAUUGUGCAUAAGGCGCAACAGCGGCGAUACGUCGAUGCAAACGAUGCAUACCUACGAGUGAGCAUCGGUAAAGCAGCAUGGCCCAUUGGUGUCACCAUGGUUGGUAUUCACGAGCGAUCUGCACGAGAGAAGCUGCAUCAAAGUGACCAGCAGGCACAUAUCCUGAGUGACGAGAUCACUCGCAAGUAUCUACAGAGUAUCAAGCGCUGCUUGAGCUUUGCGCAAGUCCGCUGGCCUCCGGAGGAUCAAUUGCAGAUGAUGGGUUAG